AGGUAAAAUUAAAAGCACUUUUGCUACCAUCACUGCUGUUCUGAGGUUUAAUUAUGUCAUAAAAUUAAACAUUGUCCAUGAUGAAAAUAUAGGCUGCUGAUUAAAUCACUUCUCCCGAUAACAGGAACCUUUCAACACGGUAAACAAGCUGCAUAUUCUGGCCAACAGAGGGCGCAAUGUGGCAAUGAAUUGCUCUAUCUUUUGUCUGAAUCGAAAUCUGCCUAAACAAUAAACUAUAAACACAUAGAUUUAUGUUGUUCACUCAGUCUUGGACGAUCUUCUUUCAAAGUUAAAAUAACAUCCCAAAAAGACUGAUGAGAUGUCAGAUGGCUUUUUGUUUAAAUUUUAAUGUUGAGAUUUCUACUGAAGUUUGCCAUUAACAAAACAACAACAACAACAACAACAAAAAACAAUGUAGAAAUUAAAGAUGUCUCAUGGAUGACAUCUGACUAUGUGUCAUUGUGUUUCCAGAGCCUCUCUAAUGGUAUUUUGGUGAAGGUCAUAUUCUGAAAAAAUACAACAGGGCCUUAAAACCUGGGAACAAUUUGGUGAUAUACGUGUACGAAAAAAGUGUGUUAGGUUUUAAAAAAGGAAGUUGAAAAUUGGCUUUGCUAACCUGUCACAUUGUAUGUAAGACCUCUUACUUUUUCUCUGAAACAAAUGCAUAAAAUAUACAAAUUGGUGUUCUGCGACGUAUUGUUGAAUAAGGAAAAAAUUGGGGAUUCAGCUCAGAUGUGCAAUUAGCCGAACAGCUUCUUCCAAACCCUGCUGCGUGUUAGCUGAGUAUUUACAGGGCAAAACUCUGGCAAACAUCAUCACCGUUCGCUUGAUUAAAGGUCUGUGAGGUCUGAUUGUUUCCACUCAUCAUAAUCUCUCCCACAAUAUUCUUGUUUGAGCCUACUUCCUCCGAGAUUAACACUUCUCAUGCAGGUAUGAAGCAGACUGAUUGUGUAUCACGCAAAGCCAAUAAAAGCAUUGCUCAGAAAUGGUCAAAGCAGUCAUCAGUGUGCUAUGUCCCACCUGGGUGUCAACCACGAGCCUGUCAUCCAGCUGGCUGCACCCGUUCAUCCUUCAUGUUUCCAGUGAUUCCAAGCAGGGCCACAGCUCAGCCGAACGACAAUGGAUGAGGACAGACUGAAAUCGGGGGAACUGAUGGAAGUAAAGGUGGAUGAGGGUCCGGAUUUCACCCACCGUAAUUCACAAUCCCAGAUUGAGGACAGGGAUCCCAACAGAGUCAACAGCAAUCUAAAGGUCAUGUUUGAGGACGUCAUUGCGGAGCCCCCUUCAGUGCGGAGCUUUGAUAAAGUCUGGCUCUGGAGUCACGCCCUGUUUGAGGUGUCCAGACUGUGGGGCUACCGCUUCAUCUCUCUGGUGCUGGCGGUGCCGGUGUCACUGACUGCAGGGCUGCUCUUUGCUGUUCUCAGCUGCCUCCACAUCUGGCUGAUCAUGCCCGGCGUGCAGCUUCUUCUCAUCAAUAUGCAGUGGAUCCAGACUGUGUGGGCCAGCAUACUGAACAUUUUUAUCACGCCUUUCUAUACCAGUUUUGGAAAGUGUUGUGGUCAAAUUAUUAUCCGCCUGGCGAGUGCUGAUGACAGAUAGAGCUAGUUAUUUAGUCAAUGUAAGCAACUAAGCAGAAGGUAUAAAGAAAAGACAAGCAGUGAAAUAUUGCUAACUAUUUGCUGACAGGGAUCUUGUAUCAUUUGUUAUUAUUUUGUAUUUUUAUGCAUCUGUCAUAUUUUUUGGCAUGCUGAAACAUUCAUCAACUUUUCCAUUUUGUAAUGACAUUGACGUAUGGACCCUCUAAGUCACUUCAGCAGCACCUCACAAGAGCAGCGGAUAUGUGUAUUCCAAUGCCACAAAUACAAAAUGAAAAUCCACCAGAAGCACAUUUUAAUAAAAAUUCAUAACUUUGUAAAUUGCUUGCACAUAAACUGUGGUACGUGGGGGUACUAUCAAGAAAAAUAUGUUGUUGUUUUGUUUUCAACGAUCAGCAGAAUUGUGAAUUAGAUGAAUAAAAGUAUUUCUGACAUAAAACAAAUGUCUAAAGUUGUCUCUGAUUGUCAGCAUUGCGUCUGUGGAUUAUGUCAGGCAGAUAUGAGGAUUUAAAGGUUGGAAGGUUGGAAAAGAGAGAUCUGAAUGUGCACCACACCAAUCUUACACCUCUUAGUCUGAAAACAGUUGUUCAAUAUCAUCACAUGAAAUAAAGCCAUGUAAAAAAAAAAGUCGAUUGGAUUCCUCUGAAAUUCUCUGUCACACAUUUAGACAAGUGAGUGUCAUCUCCGCUCUAAAACAUUU